AUGAUGUUUAAUACAACAAACUCUGUAAUGUUAUUGAUAGAUUGUAUCUCUUCUCAUCUCUGUCUUCAAGAUGUAUCAAUUGCAUUGUUAGGUCUUUUUCUUUUUGGUUGCUUGCAAGCGAAGCUAACCAACAAUGGCGGACCAGUUCAAUGGCCAGUGUUUGGAAUCACUCCCGAGUUCUUCUUUCAUGUUCAUGAUUUGUACGGAUGGGUCACACGGUGUUUGACGAAAAGCCGAGGAACGUUUCCUUACCGAGGAACCUGGUUUAGUGGAUCUUAUGGAGCCAUGACUAGUGUACCUGCAAAUGUUGAAUACAUGCUCAAAACCAAUUUCAAAAACUUCCCUAAAGGAGAGUUUUACAAAGAGAGAUUCCGCGAUUUACUCGAGGACGGUAUCUUUAACGCGGAUGAUGAAUCUUGGAAAGAACAGAGACGGAUUAUUAUAACCGAGAUGCAUUCGACUCGAUUUGUUGAGCAUUCUUUUCAGACGACGAGAGAUUUGGUUCAGAGGAAGCUCUUGAAAGUGAUGGAGAGUUUCUCAAAGUCACAAGAAGCUUUUGAUCUUCAAGAUAUUCUUUUACGGUUAACGUUUGAUAAUGUCUGCAUCGCGGGUCUCGGCGAUGAUCCAGGGACUUUGGAUGAUGAUCUUCCUGAAGUUGCAUUCGCUAAAGCUUUUGAAGAAGCAACAGAGUCUACUCUGUUUCGGUUCAUGCUUCCACCUUUUGUGUGGAAACCGAUGAAGUUUUUCGAUAUAGGGUAUGAGAAAAGGAUGAAGAACGCGGUUGAGACGGUUCACGGGUUUGUCGAUAAAAUGGUCGUGGACCGAAUCAUGAUGCUUAAAGAUGAAGGAACAUUAGUGAAUAACAAAUCUGAUUUUCUCUCGAGGAUAAUCCAGAUCGAAAGUCAUAAAAGAGGCGAUGAAAAUGAUCGAUACACCGUCAAGUUUUUCAGACAGUUCUGCACAAGCUUCAUCUUAGCGGGAAGAGACACGAGUUCCGUCGCGCUUACUUGGUUCUUCUGGUUGAUAACAAAACAUCCGGAAGUCGAAAACAAGAUCCUCUGCGAAAUCAGAGAAAUCUUGAGCCAAAGAGAGGAGAACAAUAGUCUUGAAACCGGAGAAACAAAGACUUGUGUCUUCACAGUCAAGGAACUUAACGAUAUGGUUUAUCUACAAGCUGCAUUGUCAGAAUCUCUUAGACUCUAUCCACCAAUUCCAAUGGAAAUGAAACAAGCGGUAGAAGAAGACGUGUUUCCGGAUGGAACUUUCUUGCGAAAAGGUUCACGGGUUUACUUUGCGAUCUAUGCGAUGGGAAGGAUGGAAUCGAUUUGGGGAAAAGACUGUGAAAUGUAUAAACCAGAGAGAUGGAUACAAGGAGGACAAUAUGUGAGUGAUGAUCAGUUUAAAUACGUCGUCUUCAAUGCCGGUCCAAGGCUUUGUUUAGGGAAAACAUUCGCUUACUUGCAGAUGAAAAUGGUGGCUGCUUCGGUCUUGUUGAAUUACUCAAUCAAGGUUGAUCAAGAUCAUGUUGUUAUUCCGCGAGUUACAACGACUUUGUAUAUGAAACAUGGUCUUAAAGUCAGGAUCAAGCCGAGAUCUCUUGAGGAGAAGAAACAAGAAUCAUGA